AUGAAGAUGAGGAGAGUGAGGAAUCAAGUGAAGAAGAAUCUAGCUUGGAGAGUGAUGAGGAUGAGUCUGAAUCCGAAGAUGAGGUUUUUGAUGAUUCUAUUUGCCCAACAAAUUGUGAUGUGGCUCUUUUUGAGCUCACCCUUCAACUUCGAGAGAAAAGGCUGGACAUUGAGGAGGCUUUAGUUGAAGAAAAGAAAGUUGUUGAUAACCUCAAAAAGGAAUAUGAUACAUUGUCAAAAAAAGUGAAAAUUGUGGCAACUAAUCUGAAUGCAGCGGAGGAGGCCCUGGAGGCUUAUCAGCGAGAGAAGCAGCAGCGACUGAAUGAACUGCUGGUUGUGAUUCCGCUCAAGCUCCACCAGAUAGAGUAUGUGGUAUUUGGAGAAAUACCUAGCGAUCUUUCUGGUACUUUGGUCUUCUCUAACCACGCCUUGAGACGGCUGCAAGAACGAAUCCGCGAGCUCCAGGAGGAAAAUUCCAAGCAGCAAAAACUGAACAAAGAAUGGAGAGAGAGACGUAAACAGCUCAUCCGAGAAAAGAGAGAAAUGACAAAAACCAUACAUAAAAUGGAGGAAACAGUCCGUCAGCUCAUGAUCAGCAAGUUCGGCCGUGUGGUAAACCUGGAAGCCCUUCAGACGCUUUCUGUUAAUACAACACUUGAAGAACUGAAGAUCAGAAAACUUCGAAAGGAGCUAGCGAAUGCGAAGGAGAUGAAGAUGUGGGAGGAAAAGAUUGCUCAAAUGCGAUGGGAACUGAUGAUGAAGACAAAAGAACACACCAGAAAGCUUUAUCAGAUGAAUGAUUUGUGUAUUGAAAAGAAGAAACUUGAUUCUCGGUUGAAUACACUACAGAAUCAGCAGGGCAAUGCCUUCCAGAGCCUUCGGGAAGCAGAUGUUGUGGCAAGAGAGGAGGUCACUGAAUUGAUCCAACUCCAGGCGGCAAGGAUUUCAGCCUUAAAGGAGGAGAUUGCUCUUUUGCGUAGGAAAGGUGGUCUUAUCCUCCCCCCCAUUCGGUCUCCACAAGAGAAAGAGAUGCAGCCCGCGGACCUUUGAGUUUGCUGUUUUCGCAAACCCAUGCAAGAUUUCUGACAUAACUCACCUGAAGUUCUGUCUCCUCGUCACCUCCAACAAUCUUAUUACUUUAAAGUUAACUUGUUUGAAAGUCUAAAACCAGAUCUAGUCACGUAGCUUUAAGAAUCUCUCUACAAUUUGGUUAUCUUAGAACCGAAUGCAGCACCCAACCUCUGUUAUGAAACUGAAUAAUUUUAGAUGUUUUGAACCUACUAGAUUGAAUAUGAAGUCUCAGAAGGCUGUUUCAUGAUUGCUGUAAAUCAUCUGUAAUAUAUUUUGUUUUAGGAAAAUUCGAUUUGGGGGUAUGCUGAAUUUUUAGCCAUUGGCAAGAAAAACUAUCAUUCAGCAAUUCGUGAGAAAACUUUGUUUUCUUGAUCCUUAGAAAAUAAACUUAGAUGUCAUUAAGUGUUCUCUGAGAGGAUGCAGGAGAAAAAGACAUUUUGCCAACUGUAUCUUAGAGCAGAAUUGCAACUUUCAGUUUUGGCAUUGUUGACUUCAUAAAGCAGUUAUUUGAGGGCUCGGGAGUCAGGAAAUACAAACAGAUAUGGCAGAGCAGUUUGCUUUGGGUUGGCAGAAAGCAGGAAAAUAACCAGCCUUCUUGGAUAGCCCAGUUUUUGUAGACUCCUCAGUUCUGAGUGGACCAGAGGGGUGUGCUUAAUAAAACAGUCAAUAAGGAGGCUUUUCUCUAAAGAUUUCUGCAACUCCAUCAGAAUUCUAAGUUUUCCCCAUAGUUUCUCAUGUCCUCUGCCAUUUUCUUCAGGUUUUACUUGGGCCAUUUGCUGGUUUUGAUAUAGACGAGGAGACAAUGAAAUAGAUUUACCUUAGAGAUCAUCUUUCACAAUCACUUUUGAUUAUGCAUAACAUUUGAAACUAAUUUAAGAGGAUCCUUUUGGUUUGGGGGUAAGUGCUCAUUGAAGCUCAUGGCUGUAACCACUGAAGGAUAAUCUCACUGACAUUUAGAAUCCUGUUAGUAACAGAGCAUAGCUCUUUAGAUUAAGACCUUUGUAUUAAUGAGUGACUCCAUUGAGGCUGUUCCAGGAUAAGCUGGUCACCGAGAAGGGUGGGUGAAGAAGGGAACAUUGCAUAAAUAUAGAAGGGAACUCAGCAAUGCCAAGUCUUCCUCACCUGUGAUUAACCUGCUAAUCUGCCCCCCAAAAUUAGAUACAGGACUUGCUUUCUUUGUACAUCAGAAUAUUCUUAGAGGUGGCAACUUGGCCUAUUUUCUUCCUAAGAUUCCUUCAUAUUCCUAUUUAAGAGGUCAGAAUACCUUAUUGUUUUCACUUGUCACCAUUAAUUUCUGAUGUAGUCACUUCUCUACUGGAGAGCACCCACUUAUUUUUAAAAAAUCACUUUCUUUGUUGUAUAUCCUAAACCAUAUGUGCCUUUUGAGUAUUUUUAAAAAUAUGCAAGUCAUAGCCCUGAAUGUCUUAUUUAUUGUGGUAAAAAAUUACCCCAAACUUAGCUUGAAACAACAAACUUAUGAUCUGACCCAGGAGUGAGAGGGUUUCUGAGGUCCAGGAAUCUGGGGACAGCUUGGCCGGGUGUUCUGGCUCAGGGUCUCUCGUGGAGUUGCAGUCACACUAGGAGCUGGGGCUGCAGCCAUCUGAAGCUUGGCUGGAGCUGGAGGGGCUACUAACAAAUUCACUCCCUUGGCCAUUAGGCAGGGCUUCAGUUCCUUGCCAUGUGGGCCUCUCCAUAGGGCUUCUCAGGACAUGACUUCUCCCAGAGCAAGUGAUCCAAGAGUGAGGGAGAGAGCAAGAGAGAAUGACGCACACAAGAGCCACAGUCUUUUACAGCCCAAACCCAGAAGUGACAUACCGUCACUAUUGUCAUAUGGGUCACAGGCUGACCCUAUGUGAUGUGGGAGGGGGCUGAACAGGGUGUAAAUGUCAGGUGAGGGUUACGGGGGCCUUCGUAGGGGCUGGCGGCUGCAAGCAGCAGCUACCUAGAGAGAGUGGCUGGUCUCUGAGAAAGGUCUAGAGGCGAUACCAUCCCCUUGGUAAGAGAAUCAGGAGAAGUUAUGUUAUCUUCCUGGGCCUCAUUACCUGACAAAUGAAGGACUGGUAGAAUGGAUUCCUUCCCAUUCUGAAAUUCUGAUUCUGAUUGCAGCAAGAGUGAACCUAGAGUCUAUGGAAGAGCCACGUCAGGAUUUGCUGCGCAUUUCAACUGAGAGGAAAACUAAUCGGGAUAAUUAUUCCCAAACUGAGCUAGACUAAAUCACUAGUUAAUUCUGCAAUAUUCAGGGCUUCAUUCCGCAUGUUUGCGGAAUUGACAAGACAGUUAACACUCAAUUACUUUAUUUUGAAUUGGACAAAAUACGUUGAUAGCUUUAGGUUCAUUUCAACUUGAUUCCAGGCUUAGUCUUAAAUCUGUAGUUAAGUUAGAGCACCUGAAUCUUUGGGAAGUUAAGCUUCAAACCCAAGUAGACCAGCAAGGUGUGGCAUGGGUGGGUGGCUGGGAAGCUGUCCUGCUCCUGGCACACUUUCCUGCCUCCUGCUGUGCUCCCAGAGGAGCAGCCUCACCUCUGAGGGUGAGGCCAAAAAUCAGCCUACACUGAGUUACUUGUGGGUCAAUUGUUCAUAUAACUUGGCUAUUCUGAACUCUCAUCCAUAGUAUUGCCAAUGAUCAAUCUCAGCAUUAGAAGAAACAGAAACCGCAGAGUCCAGCCCCUCUGUCACAACUUCAGAGUAAAGGAGUUGCUCAUGCCUGCCAGCCAGCCUGUCCUACCACAGCGGGCUCCCCACUUAGGGAGGUCUGUGAGCCAUGCGCUAAACAUUUCUUUAGAGCUAAAACCAUUGCGUGCUAUGAUUCCAGUGCUGUGCAGAAAGCAGAUGUUUCACAUAUCACUUCAGAAAAGCUCACCAAAAUUCAUUUUUCAACUACCUUAGAUCAAGGAGAAAAAAACAAAGGAAAAAACGUAAAAAACCAGUGUGGCUAGAAGGUGAGUUACAGCUCAGAUUGGGAGGCCUCUGGAUAGCAAAGCAAUGACUGAGAGCCUUAGCUCCGCCCACUCCAGAAGUGAGCUCUGGGCCGUGAUGCCAGGUUGUCUGAAAUCACAGUAUCUUAUUUUUUCUCUUCUCUUCCCUGCUCUGCUUCUCAUUUCCUAUCAUUUACCUGUUCCUUACAGUCCUUCUUUUUAAAAAAUAUUUUUAAAAUAUUGCUUUCCUGAAAACCACGCUGCAUUUCCACAAGAAGUUCUCUCUGACGUUGAGCUGUUGAUGGAAAAAGGAUGUAGAAGUCUGAGGAAUAGCAGGUGCUAUACUUAUUUUGGCCAGCAGAGGAUGCACUUGCCCUAAACAGUCAGAGUGACUCAAUGCCCCAGGCUUCCCUAGGACCCUGUUUAUCGAAUUCUUCGGGUUUAGAAGCCAGGGUCUGGCCCCCACUUAAUGAGAUUGUCUCAAGUGGCAUUUCAUCUGUAACUCAAUUUUACUGAAAUCUAGAAAAUACAGCCCCCCCCGCACCCUCUCCAGCCCCAAAACUCAAAUGUGUAGUAAGGUUUUCAUUUGCAAGCAUCAGUCUCCAUCUAGUUCCACUUCCACAUACUAAAGAUUUUAAAAUUUCAAUUAAAAAAAGAAGCUAUGGUUGAUCCUUUGGUUGGACAACAGUAUGUAAAUGUUGAUUUUAAACUAGUGAGUCAACUACUCUGGCAAUGUUGGUGUAUCUUUGGAAAGAAGGGAAGUCACCAAGUGAAUUUAUCACGCACCGUAUGUCCAUGUGUGGCACAGCACUUAGCUAUCGUAUUUUGGAGAAAAUACUUGGUCUUCAACACACACCUAUAUAAAAAAGAUUAGUUUUAUUUCUUCAAUAUGACCUAAACUUCAUCUCAAGUCCAGUUGGUAAGAGAACUGUGAAUCUGUUUUUCCUGGUCUGCUGUACAACGGUUCCCUUGUGGACGAGACAGUAAUGUGUUCUGUAUGAAUCCAAGCACAACUGACAUUCACUGUUUUAAAAAACAAAAAAGAGAAACCUUUGCUACCUUUUCUAGAUCUCAUUUCUGAAGGACCUGAAAAUAUUUUAAGUGGGUAUCUUCUUCAAAUACUCAGAGACUGAAUUCUAAGAUCUAAAGAAAAUGCUGACUCACACAUGACUCAGUUGAAGGUUACAGGGAAGACUAAACAUUUAUUUAGAAGUUACAGUGUUUGUUUUUACAGAGAUAUGUUGCCACAGAUUAUUGAUUCUGGAAGGUUUUUUAAUGCUCAUAGUGCUGUACACAUCUUGGUCUGUUCUCAUGGGCAUUGUAGGAAAAUGUUUCCAGUAGCACCGGAUCCAGCCAUCUGUGUGGGUGUCUCCAGGCUGUGAUACCGUGACCCUUGCUUUUCAACCUCGUGGUUGUGAGGAACCAUGUGCCUGGGAUCCUUCCUCUUGCCAGCUUAUCUGUGGGCCUCCAGCAGCCUCGUCUGCCAUUGCAGAGGCCCCAGGUUAGGAGUCUGUCCCGUGCCAGCCUGUGCGGUGCUUUCCUGGGGGACUCCUUUUAGGUGGCGGCUUCUUUCUUUUCCCUCUCCAACCUCAACAGGUAGGAUUCCUUAUGUCUCUCCAGAAUUAUAAAACAUAUACAUUAUUUACAAGUGCAUAAAUAUAUAAAUAUGGCUAUAAUAGAAAAAUAAAUACCAAUUUUCUCUGUC